AGAAUUUUUCUCAUUUGACACUACUUCAAAUUUUGAUGGUUAUUGUAACGAUUUAAAAAAGUAUGAUAAUACACAUAAGGAUGCAAAAGAGUUAUGCAUUAAGCUCGUACGUUUUUUAAAAAAAAUAUCUGAAUGGACGAAUAAACAACAACGUGUUGAAUAUUGCAGUUAUUUACAGUAUUGGUUAUAUGAUGAAAUAAAGGAGAUAUAUAAAGAGCACACAAAGAAGUUCGGGGAAAUACCCUUUUCUAAAGAACUUAUUGAAAUAGCUAAUAAAGUGAAUAAGGAAGUUAAACCAAAUGACUGUACAUUAAAGCACGAAAAGGAUGUUACCUUAGAUGAAUUGGUAAAAAGGAAAUAUGCAUAUAUUUAUUAUAAAAAACAAACUGAUAUUAAAAACACUAUUAAUUCUCAGAGUACGUACGAUUGUAAUAAGUAUUUUACAUACUUAACUAAUAUUAAAUUGCUGUACGAUAAAUUAAAGAAUGAUCAUUGUAAGCCUAGUUUUUGGCUUUUACCUUUUCAUAGUGAUUACUUUAUUUGUGGAAAAACGAGCGAUCCGAAGGAUCUUUUAUCUACAACAGAAAAAUGCAAGGCUAAAGGAUCUACAAGUGGUGGCGGCACAUUUUGGGGAAUAUUAUUUGGGGGUUCAUCAUCUGGAACAGGUGCAAAUAGAAAUGGUACAUUAACGCAAGCCCCGACAAGGACUGCAGGGUUAGAAACUAAAAUGCCCGGAAGUGGUAAAAAUUUAUCACCAGAUGUUUCACCAAAGGAUAAAGCAGUAAAGGGAACAACAGAAUCUACAGUAGCUGGAGAUAAAUCAAAAGUUUUAUCAAGUUCAACAAGAUCAUCAGGUCCAGGAAGUUUAACAAGCUCGCCGAGCACAGGUAGUUCAGCACGUCCAGAAGCUGGAGCACCGUCAUCUGUACAAAAAGCCACUUUAAAUCCUAAAAGUAGUAUUAGUACCCAAUCAAGUGGGAUCCCUGCACUCGGUGUUCUUCCGGUGUCACCUAAUACUUUAGAUAUUAGAAGAGAUGCAGUACCUGUGCCAAUUGUUGAUUCUCCUACUACUUCGGAAGGUGUAUCUGAUAAGGUUGACUCAAACUUUUAUCGUAACAUCAUCAUGGCUGCUGCUAUACUUGGAACGAUAUUCUUUCUUUUCUAUUACAAUAUGUCUUCUGGAUUAAAAUCGAGAUUUCCUAAAAGAAAACGAAAGAAAAAAAUAUUUGAACAUAAUUACUACGAAGAGUAUGAAAAAGAGUUAGCAAAGUAUGAUUCAGAAAAUGAAUCUUUAGAUUCUCAAUCGGAUCAGUAUUAUUUGAAUUAUCAGCCUGAAGGAGAUUAUGAUUACUAA